CGUGCAUUGAUAGGACGGUUUUCGUUUGGGCUCCCUUAACUCGCGAACGAUUCAACUUUUAGCCGACUAUAUUAAGUGCUUUUUGUAAAUAAAGUGUGUAUAAUGUAAUUUAGUUAGUGUAUUUUUUGUGUUGUGCUGUGUUUUUAGUGUUAGUGUUAAUAAAUGAAAGACGUAUAGUGAGGUUAAUUAACGAAAACACUUGGCAUAAUUGGAAACUAGUCCAACUAAGUGUUUUAAUAUAAGUUAAAAGUUAAAUCGUGUCUAAGUGAAGUUGCUAAGUUAUCUAAGUGAAUUUAAUCAUAGUUAAAUUUAAAAUUAUAAAUAUUUUUCUAAAAUAAAUCGUGCAAAUGUAAACAUUUACAUUUGAAAAUGGAAUCAAUUGAAUUAAAAGAUAAGUUGAUGAUUAAAUGGAAAUUUAAAUUUUGAAUUCGGGUCCAAAAAUUUGAAUUAAGAAUCCGAAUUAAUAUUUUUGAAUUUAGAAUAAAAUUGAGAAAUAAAUAAAAUAAAAUGGAGAAGAAUAACGAGCCUUCGCCGUCGACGACGCCCAAGGCCCCAUCCCCGCCCCCUCCCGGACAUACGCCAAGCAAGAUGGAGCGAAGAAUGUCCCAUUUCAAAGAGUACAAAUUCUUCAGAAGCUUCAGCGCUAAGGUGGAAAACUGGCCUAUGAGAAAAGCUGAACAACUAUGGAGGAAGAUGCGAGAAAGAAAAAUAGCAGAGAUCGAAGCGGCAGAGGCUUGCAAAUGGCUGAGAGCCGCCGGCUUCCCGCAAUAUGCGCAGAUGUACGAAGACCUACAAUUCCCCAUAGACGUAUCGGGAGUACAGAACGACCAUCCGUUCUUAGACGCGGACUCUCUACAAUCGUUGUUCAGAAGACUGACGGCACUCAACCGAUGUGCCAACAUGAAGUUAGAACAUCAUCAUCAUCAGAAGAGAUCGAACGACUCUGACGAUGAGCAAUGCGCUUUGAGCGACAAAUGGCAGUACGAGAGGAAGUCACGCCGCUGGUCCAGGGUCGUGGAGAUCACGCCGCAAGCGCAGAGGAGGUUGCAGGUGAUAGCAGCCAGAGCAUUAGCAGAAAGAGAAGCACGGGAAGCGAGGGGGGAAGUGGAAGAUGAUGAAGACGAGACCCUGCCCACGAUAAGAGUGGGGCUUGUCGACCCUGAGGGGAACUAUACUGAUGUCGAACCUGAUCUAUUAACAGUACCAGGCCAAAAUGUAAUACAGUUACCAAGUGACAAAGAAGAUGAAGAAGAAACAGGAACGCGUUUCCGACGCACCGGCUCCGAAAGAUUACGAGACGGAGCGAAAGCCUUACUACGAAGAGUGGAAUCCCUCAAAACGAGAAGAAGAAAGAGGCAAAACCGGACAGAAGUCAUCGUAUCAUCCCCCCAUUUCUUAGACGUACAACAAGAUAAAUACGCAGAUCUAAGUUAUAUAGAUAUGACUCCAACUACGCCUACAGCAUUUCCCUUCCCAGAUUUCCACAGUUCUCCCUUACAUGCACCGGCAAUUAGAACCCAACCACCUUCGCCUAUGACCGUUAUGCCCCCAUCUCCUAUUGCUCCUUUAGAACAAUCCUUUGUCCUCAACGCUCCUUUUGGAGAUGACAGUUCGAGUUACGCCUCGGAUGGUAGCAUGGGUUCGAGCAAUAAGAGUUCGAAAUCAAAAUUGGGGAGGGCGAAGAGAAUCUUCCAUAGAGGGAUCAAGAAUGAUGAUUCUAGUGCUCUCAGUGAUUCGGAGUGCCAACCAGCUAGUUGGAGACAUAAUUAUUAUAAGGAGCAUAAUACUCAUCAAAACACAGAGGUCUACGUAGAGCCACCUUCUCCAGUGGAACUCAAACCAGACCCUGAAGUUCUUCGAGAAGUCCAGAAAUCUCCAGGCCACACACACCAUCGAAGGCAGGCCAUAAGGACCAGUUCACUUAAUUUGGGAAAUGAUGGGAAGAAGUUUCGUGAUCGAAGUCUCAAAAGAGAUAAGUCAGCGUCAAGAAGUUCAGAGCUGGAUAGCAGUCCCAACUCAGCUGGAUCCAGGUCACACGAUGGAGACCAGGAUGAUGACGAUGAUAGUCUGGAUAUGAAGAGUAAGAAGAACAACAUUCAGCGAUGGUAUUCGUUUAGGACAAAUGCGUUGAAUGGUGGACCCAAGGCGAAUAACACAUUGACACCGACCCCAAACCAAAAGGACCCGGAUUCGUAUCUAUCCCGGCCAAUGUCAUCACUGUCAUGUGGUCAGCUCCACAUUUUGAGGAAACUGGCACUUCUUCGACUGACAGCCUGCAUGGAACGAUACUGUCCUUCACACAAGUCUGGCUGGAACUGGGAACUGCCUAAACUUAUUAGGAAGAUUAAGACUCCUGAUUAUAAAGAUAAGACAGUGUUCGGUGUACCCCUAACAGUGUCUCUACAAAGGACAGGACAUGCGUUACCAAAGCCUAUACAGUGUGCAUUGAAUUGGCUCAAAAACAACGCUUUAGAUCAAAUGGGUAUAUUCAGAAAAGCCGGCGUAAAAUCCAGGAUCGCGAAACUCCGUACCACAGUCGAGGCUGCUGGGGCUUCUAACGCCAGCUUCGCUAUAGAGAAUCUUAACACCAUGGAACCGAACCAAUCGAGUUUGAACUUCGAUGGAGCACAAGCGCAUGAUGUGGCCGACAUGGUGAAGCAGUACUUUAGGGAGCUACCUGAUGCGUUGUUGACUAAUAAGCUUAGUGAGACCUUUAUUGCGAUUUUUCAACAUGUUCCCGAACCUCUAAGGCCGGACGCAGUACAGUGUGCGUUACUACUGUUACCUGAAGAGCAUUUAGAAGCGUUGCAUUCUCUACUCAUAUUCCUAGCAGAUGUGGCGGAACAUUCGGCUGUGAACCAAAUGACGGCAUCAAACUUAGCUGUCUGCCUAGCUCCUACGUUGUUGAGGUUACAUCACGCACCACCACAAACUGGAAGCACUAAGGAAGGGAACUCUAAUAGAAUGGUAAUCGAGAGCGUCGCCGACCAGAGACAGAUCAGCGAGAGCCGCGCGGCGCACGCGUGCCUGCUGCUGCUCAUACAGGCACACAAGCAGCUCUUCCUAGCACCCGCUGACAUGCUCGCUAGGUGCAAGUUUAAUUACUUCGAGGAGAGUGUGCCGGUCGCGCUCGAAGAACUGGGAGCAGACUUCAACCAAGACUGGAAAGGUUUCCAGCAAGCCUGUAUCAAAGCUUUACUCAAAGAAGCCAAAGAAAAAACACGUGGGUGGAUGUCAGUGUCAGGAGCUGCUCCUCAUGUGGAACUCUGUUGCAAGAAGGUUGGGGAUGGACAUCCAUUGAGGUUAUGGAGAGCUACCACCGAUGUGGAGGCGCCGCCACAGGAGGUUAUGCAAAGAAUACUCCGAGAGCGGCAUAUAUGGGACGACUCACUAGUGAAGUGGCGAGUCGCUGAGAAGCUGGGCGCAAACGCAGAAGUAUUCCAGUACGUCACGGCAUCUAGCAUCAACCUACCUUCAAGAGAUUAUUGUGUUUUACGGUCAUGGCAGCAAGGCGGCACAGCAGGCGGGUGGUGCGCGGUGGCAGAGACAUCGGUAGCGCACGGCGCCGCGCCCCCCGGUGCCGCGCCACAGGCACGCGGCGUCGUGCUCGCCUCGCGCUACCUCGCGCAGCCCGCCGGGAAGGGCAGGAGUAGACUCGUGCAUCUGGCUAGAGUUGAUACCAUGGGCCGAACACCAGAAUGGUACAACAAAUGCUACGGACACAUUUGCGCGCUAUACCUCGCCAGAAUCCGAGCGUCCUUCAAACAUAACACAGAAGGUCCCGAAUCGAAUGUAUGAUCCAAGCAUUCCACUUAAGCCGGCGCCAUAUUGGAACUGGCUUAAGUUGACGUUUGUGACGUCACUGUACAUACUUCUCUAGAGUUCCAUGGAAUUGUAUAAUGGAAUGGAUUGGCGUUUUUGCCAACACUGGGCUGGUUAGAGAUGUACCUAAAUUUACAUUCUCUGAUUUAAAAAUAAGUGAUUAUGGGAUAUUAAUAUAUUAUGUCUAUUAGUAUAUUAUGUACUAGUUAUGGAAAGCAAUAGAUUUUCAAAAUAUAUUUAUUGUUAUCAGUAAUGGAAAACACAUGACUGUGUAAUAAAAGAUACAGAAAUCUACUUUUGGAUAGAAUCUUAAGAAAUUGUUGACUAUAGACUGCACGAUAUAAUAAUUACAUAAAUGAUUAGAUAUUUCAAUGUUACGAGUAUAAUAAUUCCAAAAUGGCCCAAGCAUACAAUAUACUCAAAUAAUUUGCUGACAGUAGGUAAAUAGAAAUUCGACAUAUUCAAUAUACAUAACAGAAUUACUAUAUUUACUACAAUAUUAUCAUAUUUAAUAUUAAGUACAUACAUAUUUAUAUUUCGACGUGAAUAUUUGACCAAAAUUAUAAUUAUUGUAGGCAAUAAAAAAAAGGAUCUGAUAUGGUCUUAUAUUAUUAUGUAGAAAAGUUUUGCAAUAUUUAAAAUAAUUUGUGAGCAUUUGUCUUGCAAAUAUUUGAACAGAAUCAUAAUAAUUUGAAUUAACCGCAUAAUAAAUUUAUAUUCAUUAGCAGCCUUACUUAUAAACUUGAAUUAAAUUUAAGUAAUACUUAAGGGCUGUUUAAAAAAAUUCUUACUUAUUAACUUUGCUUAAGCAUGUCUUAACUAACAUUUAAUCACUACUUAAGACUUUAAGUAGUGAUUAGUUAAAAUGUUGCUUAGAAGGUGAUUAGAGAUUUUAUAAGUAAGGGGGUAGGUUUUUAAAAUAUUCUUUACCUACCUCUGUAACACAAGUUGUUCUAGCUAGACCCUUAGCCCCAAAAGGGACCUACCAAAAAGCCUGAUUUAUUUGAAAAUUUAGUUAGAUAUUAUUAAUUAAUAUUAGUCUACCCCGUGGUGCAUUGUAAAUAUAAGUUAUAUUUUAAAUAAAUUCAUUAAAAACUCAAUAUUACAAUAUUGUUAUUGAAUAAUAUAAUUAACAAGAAAUCUCGUUGAAUAAUAUUUGAAUAUAAAAAUUAUUCUGUUUUACCAUACCCUAUGUAAAGUUAUCGUUACAUAUCACUAGUCAUAUUAUAUUAAUAAAAAUAAUAAUCAAAUAUAAAACACAUUUAACCGUACCUGUCCUGUGUUCAGGAACAUAGUAUUAAAUUAUAUUUAGGUACAUUAAUUAUUCAUAUUAUAUUAUAUUCAAUAAUGUAAUAAAAUUAUGUAAUUUUUGAACGUUGAGGUGUAUCAGAAUGGAAUAAAGUGUAUGUUCUAUUGAAUAAUAUUGUUGUAUGUGUAUUUGUAAAAAGUCUGAUUGUAAAUAGUUGCAUUGUUAGCUUUGAUAGAAAAUGACCAUCACAAUUUUAAUGUACUUAGAGUAAUUGCUAUAUGAAGCUGUGUUUCAUAUAACGCAGAAAUGGGUUUUCUCCAGCAAGAGAAUGGGUAAAAUGUUGUUGCUUGUGGUUAAGUCUUAUGGGUGUUAUGCACCUAAGAUCUUCCUAUAUUUAAUACGUCAUUCAGUAUUGGUAUAAGUAAGAUGACUAACGUAGAAGUAGGAUAGGGUUUACCCUUUUCCCCCACACCCUUUUAUCAUAAACCACAAAGCUACAUGUUUAUGAAACACAGCUUCAUACAGAAUAAAAAAUAUUUUCCUUAAUGGAAAAUCAAUUUGAAGCCAAAUAUCGCAAAUUGAAGAUAUUAAAUCGCUUUUAAAAAUAGAUUUAAAUGAUAUUUUUAAUUAUUAAUCUGUAAUCUCAAUAUUAUAAUGUUGUUAGUUACCUAUGAUUUCACAAAUUGUUGGUGCAGUUAUUCAUAAUUAAUACGUGAAUGUGAUGUGAAUUCCAGAGACAGUUUUAUAAGUAAUGGCAACUCUUAGCAUUAGGAAUGUUUGUAGUUGACUCGCGACUUUUUCCAAUCCUAACUUUAAUCGAGGGAGUCUACAGGUUCCAAUUCCGUCAGAAAAUUCUUACGUAAUUGCAUUGUAUAGGCACUUAAGCGUUUUUAGUAUAAGGUGUUAAAAGUCAUAUAAAAGAAGACGUUUCUGGAAUUUUCUCAACAUUCUGAAAAUAUUUUGCUCUCAAGAUAGUUAGGAAAUCUCCCGAGUUGGCGAGUGGACUUUCGAUGUACUAGGUUAAUUCAAUUAUAAACAAACAUACAUCACAUCAUCAAACUGUAAAUAAAGGCCAGUUACAUGUUAAUCUCAUAUGUACCAAUUCCAAAAAAUAAAUAUUUAACAUACUUCUUAGUUUCAGAUAAAAUAUAAACAUUUCAUUCCAUAAUUGGAAUUUAGAAUAGUUUUCCAUUCUGGAAUUCCAGUUCUAGAGAAUAAAAAAAAUGAAACAAAAUACGCGCGGAAUUCUAAAUAGGAAAACAUGAAAAUAAAACCGUUUUCAGGCAUUCCAUAAAUACUUAAUAUUUAUUACAAAAUGAAACCAAAUAAUGUAAAUGAAAGUCUGUCAAAUAAUUGUGGUAUAAAAAUGAUUUUGGAAUAAAAAAUGGGUGUGUUCAGUUUUAAAUAUUCGACAGACUGUCAUGAAUUUAUCCGCCAUUUUACCAUAUUGAUGUUCACAGUAUUGUAUCUGUUUAAAGCACCGUCUGCAUUUAUUGUAAAAUAAAAUAAAAUGUUCCAGCAAUUAACUGAAAUAUAUAACCCUUUAAUACUCCGUGUCUGUUUUAUCGUGUAAAAUAAACUAAUGCAUUGUGAUUUAUUCUUUAUGAAAAUAUAUGGACCAUUGUAUUAAA